AUGGUGACUUUACUCUCGAUUCAAGUUUUCUCAAUUGUUGCUACGGCGUUAACCAAUCUUAUUGGCAUACUAGCAUUUGCCACUGAUCAUUGGUCAACAGCUGCAUAUGAUCUAGGAAAAUUACGUUCGCAUAUAAAAUGGAUAGCUGUUGAAGAUACAACAAAUGAUUAUAUUCAUGCAAUAAAUAUGACCGAUGAUCAAAAUCAAACACAAGCAUUAUCAUUUAAUGAUCAACAACUAUCAAGUUUAGCGAUGGGUGUUAAUAAUAAUACAAUAUUGUAUAAAACACACAAGGGUAUAUUUCGUCAAUGCAAUUAUUUAUCACAAACUAUUCGUCAACGCUUAAAAAUAUCGAAAUGUCGUGUUCUAAAAGUUGCAAAUAAUCAUUAUGACGACAUCAUUCAUGGAAUGAAUAAUCCUGGACGAGAGCUAAUACGUCUACAUAAUGUGGCAGCUGCUUGUGCUAUUCUCAUUGUACUUCUCCUGUGUGCCUGUACACUCAUUGGUGUUACUGUUGGCAUUUUAAAUGGUGUUGUGCUAGCAACAAUGACAAUUGGAAUUAUCUAUCUUGUCAUCUCAAUGUUCAGCAUAUGUCUUCUGGCUAUUAUGUAUACUAUAUUAAAAAGUGAACGUAAACAAUCACAUUGCUUUGCAUUAGAAAUUCUCACUGAUGAAUUAUGUACUGCUCGUUCAGCUCAAUUAUCAUACUCAUUUGUAUUAGGAUGUUCACUUAUCAUUCUUUGUUUUAUUACAUCCGUACUAUGGUUAUCAUUACAAGAAAAACAGAGAAAAUUUGCGCAGCACUAA